AUGGACCUUGGUGCAGUCUCCCAGAGAGCGAGAGAAAAAUGUGAUGAGCCACUUGUGUCUGGACUCCCCCAUGUAGCUUUCAGCAGCUCAUCCUCUAUGUCUGGGAGCUAUUCUCCUGGCUAUGCCAAGAUCAACAAGCGAGGGGGUGCUGGGGGAUGGUCUCCUUCAGACAGUGACCAUUAUCAAUGGCUUCAGGUUGACUUUGGCAAUCGAAAGCAGAUCAGUGCCAUAGCAACCCAAGGAAGAUACAGCAGCUCAGACUGGGUGACCCAAUACCGCAUGCUCUACAGCGACACAGGGAGAAAUUGGAAACCCUACCAUCAAGAUGGGAAUAUCUGGGCAUUUCCUGGGAACGUCAACUCCGAUAGUGUGGUUCGGCAUGAUUUACAGCAUCCAGUAAUCGCCCGCUAUGUGCGCAUCGUGCCUCUGGAUUGGAACGGAGAAGGCCGCAUUGGGCUCAGGAUUGAGGUCUACGGCUGUUCUUACUGGGCUGAUGUUAUCAACUUUGAUGGUCAUGUUGUGUUACCAUAUAGAUUCAGAAACAAGAAGAUGAAAACACUGAAAGAUGUCAUUGCUUUGAAAUUUAAAACCUCCGAAAGUGAAGGAGUAAUCUUGCACGGGGAAGGACAGCAAGGGGAUUAUAUUACUUUGGAACUGAAAAAAGCCAAGCUGGUCUUCAGUUUAAACCUAGGAAGCAACCAGCUCGGCCCCAUCUAUGGCCACACGUCCGUGAUGACAGGAAGUCUGCUGGAUGAUCACCACUGGCACUCUGUGGUCAUUGAGCGCCAGGGCCGGAGCAUCAACCUCACCCUGGACAGAAGCACGCAGCACUUCCGCACCAAUGGGGAGUUCGACUACCUGGAUUUGGACUACGAGAUAACCUUUGGAGGCAUACCUUUCUCCGGUAAGCCAAGUUCCAGCAGUAGAAAGAAUUUCAAAGGCUGCAUGGAAAACAUUAACUACAAUGGCAUCAACAUAACUGAUCUCGCAAGAAGGAAGAAACUAGAACCCUCAAAUGUGGGAAAUUUGAGUUUCGCAUGCGUGGAGCCCUACACGGUACCUGUCUUUUUCAAUGCUACCAGUUACCUGGAGGUGCCUGGACGGCUUCACCAGGACCUGUUUUCGGUUAGUUUCCAGUUCAGGACUUGGAACCCCAAUGGUCUCCUGCUUUUCAGUCAUUUUGCGGAUAAAUUGGGCAACGUGGAGAUUGACCUCACUGACAGCAAAGUCAGCGUUCACAUCAACAUCACGCAGACCAAGAUGAGCCAGAUAGAUAUUUCCUCAGGUUCUGGGUUGAAUGAUGGCCAGUGGCAUGAGGUCCGUUUCCUAGCUAAGGAGAAUUUUGUUAUUCUCACUAUCGAUGGAGAUGAAGCCUCAGCAGUUCGAACUAACAGUCCUCUUCAAGUUAAAACUGGCGAGAAGUACUUUUUUGGAGGUUUUCUGAACCAGAUGAAUAACUCAAGUCACUCUGUCCUUCAGCCUUCAUUCCAAGGAUGCAUGCAGCUCAUUCAAGUGGAUGAUCAACUUGUAAAUUUAUACGAAGUGGCACAAAGAAGGCCAGGAAGUUUUGCGAAUGUCAGCAUUGAUAUGUGUGCCAUCAUAGACAGAUGUGUGCCCAAUCAUUGUGAGCAUGGUGGGAAGUGCUCACAAACGUGGGACAGCUUCAUAUGCACUUGUGAUGAGACGGGAUACAGUGGGGCCACCUGCCACAACUCCAUCUAUGAGCCUUCCUGUGAAGCCUACAAACACCUAGGCCAGACCUCAAAUUACUACUGGAUAGAUCCUGAUGGCAGUGGACCUCUGGGGCCUCUGAAAGUUUACUGCAACAUGACAGAGGACAAAGUAUGGACCAUAGUGUCUCAUGAUUUGCAGACGCAGACGACGGUGGUGGGCUACAACCCAGAAAAACACUCGGUGACACAGCUCAUUUACAGCGCCUCCAUGGACCAGAUCAGCGCCAUCACCAACAGCGCCGAGUACUGUGAGCAGUACAUCUCCUAUUUCUGCAAGAUGUCCAGGUUGUUGAACACCCCAGAUGGAAGCCCUUACACCUGGUGGGUGGGCAAAGCCAACGAGAAGCACUACUACUGGGGCGGCUCCGGGCCCGGAAUUCAGAAAUGCGCCUGCGGCAUCGAGCGCAACUGCACGGACCCCAAAUACUACUGCAACUGUGACGCGGACUACAAGCAGUGGAGGAAGGACGCUGGCUUCUUAUCCUACAAAGAUCACCUGCCAGUAAGCCAGGUGGUGGUUGGAGAUACUGACCGGCAAGGCUCGGAAGCCAAACUGAGUGUGGGUCCCCUGCGCUGCCAAGGAGACAGGAAUUACUGGAAUGCUGCCUCUUUCCCAAACCCAUCAUCCUACCUGCACUUCUCUACUUUCCAAGGGGAAACCAGUGCGGACAUCUCUUUCUACUUCAAAACAUUAAUCCCCCGGGGAGUGUUUCUUGAAAAUCUGGGGAACACGGAUUUUAUCAAACUCGAACUGAAAUCUGCCACGGAAGUGUCCUUUUCAUUUGAUGUCGGAAACGGGCCGGUGGAGAUUGUGGUGAGGUCACCCUCCCCUCUCAACGAUGACCAGUGGCACCGGGUCACCGCGGAGAGGAAUGUCAAGCAGGCCAGCCUGCAGGUGGACAGGCUGCCCCAGCAGACCCGCAAGGCCCCAACGGAAGGCCACACCCGCCUGGAGCUCUACAGCCAGCUGUUUGUCGGUGGUGCCGGAGGCCAGCAGGGCUUUCUGGGCUGCAUCCGCUCCCUGAGGAUGAAUGGGGUGACACUGGACCUGGAAGAAAGAGCAAAGGUCACGUCCGGCUUCAAAUCCGGGUGCUCGGGCCACUGCACCAGCUACGGGGCGAACUGUGAGAAUGGAGGCAAAUGCAUAGAGAAAUACCACGGGUAUUCCUGCGAUUGCUCCAACACAGCCUAUGAUGGGACAUUUUGCAACAAAGAUGUGGGUGCAUUUUUUGAAGAGGGGAUGUGGCUGCGGUAUAACUUCCAGGCGCCCGGGUCCGGCGCUAAGGAAUCGGGCGGCAGGUCGGAGAGCGCCCCGGACCCGCAGGAUGGGGCCCCGGACCUGGCCCGCGAGGAGAUCCGCUUCAGCUUCAGCACCACCAAGGCACCCUGCAUCCUCCUCUACGUCAGCUCUUUCACCACCGACUUCCUGGCAGUUCUCGUCAAACCCACCGGAAGCUUACAGAUCCGGUACAGCCUCGGUGGCACCAGGGAGCCGUAUAAUAUUGACGUGGACCACAGGAGCAUGGCCAACGGGCAGCCCCACAGCGUUAAUGUCACCCGUCACGAGAGGACCAUCACUCUCAAGCUGGAUCAUUAUCCUUCUGUGAGUUACCAUCUGCCAAGUUCAUCUGACACUCUGUUCAAUUCUCCCAAGUCGCUCUUUCUAGGAAAAGUUAUAGAAACAGGGAAGAUUGACCAAGAGAUUCACAAGUACAACACCCCAGGAUUCACUGGGUGCCUCUCCAGAGUCCAGUUCAACCAGAUCGCCCCUCUCAAGGCAGCCUUGAGGCAAACGAACGCCUCAGCUCGCGUGCACACCCAGGGCGAGCUGGUGGAGUCCAACUGCGGGGCCUCCCCGCUCACCCUCGCACCCAUGUCGUCUGCCACCGACCCCUGGCACUUAGACCACCUGGAUUCAGCCAGUGCUGAUUUUCCUUAUAACCCAGGACAAGGCCAGGCUAUAAGAAAUGGAGUCAACAGAAACUCGGCCAUCAUCGGAGGGGUCAUUGCCGUGGUAAUCUUCACCAUCCUCUGCACCUUGGUCUUCCUUAUCCGGUACAUGUUCCGUCACAAGGGCACCUACCACACCAACGAGGCCAAGGGAGCAGAGUCAGCAGAGAGCGCGGACGCCGCCAUCAUGAGCAACGACCCCAACUUCACAGAGACCAUUGACGAAAGCAAAAAGGAAUGGCUUAUUUGAGGGGAGGCUCUUUGGUGAUGGGAUGAGGGCAGGGAGAGUGACUGGGGAGGAGGGCAAGGGACAGAAGCACCCUACUUCAUACUCCUGAGCACAUCCUAAAAAUAUUAGCACAAGUUGGGGGAGGCAAGCGACAGAAAACUCCUGAGACUGACGGCCACAAGAAAUACUUUCUGAUAUUUCUUUAUAGCUGAGUUUCCCCUUCUGUAUCAAAACAAAAUAAUACAAAAAAUGCUUUUAGAGUUUAAGCAGUGGUUGAAAUUUGUAGGUACUAUCUGUCUUAUUUUGUUGUGUGUUUAGAGGUGUUCUAAAAACCCAUGGUAACAGGGCAAGCUUCCUACAUUUUUCAGAGCCCUUAGAAUGUGGAUAUUUUUUCUUGAGAAAAGCUGAUGCACAGUAUACAUGGCUUCCAGCAUUUUCUUCCUUUUCCAUAGAGUCAGCCUCUGACGGGCUAUUGUAGUAACUAGUUCGUGUUCACGUAAUAUUUCUUUUGGUGUCCGGUGAAUUGGAAGAGGAGAGAUGGGGCAGAGAGAACCUAUGAUUUGACAGUUCUCAAAGAGACCUCAGACUGUUCAGCUCUCUGAGAGUUCCCACCAGAAACAGCUGGAGGGAAGAGGGGGUGUGGCCCCUCUUGUGUGACAACAUGAUCAGUACAACUGAGAGCAGCUUUCAGAACCAAGGAAGCAGUUUCCUGUUGGGAUCGUUGGUUUUAUAUUUCAUCAGAUUCUGCAAGAUAAUACUGUUCCACGUCUGCAGUCUUAGCUCUAUCCAAUGUCUGUAACUAUCAGCUACGCUACCUGGUGACCAGCUGUUACAAAAAAUUUUCCCUCUGCUUUACCUACAACAUAUUGGGUCAGAUUGUAUGUGUGCAUAAGCACCUCAGUGGGGAAUUAGAGCCAGAUGUUAAGAUUUGUCUGCUCUGUUUCUUUAAUAGUUGGUAGCAAGAGUAUGGAUACUUCCUAGCAGAUGCAUAAAUUAGGUUGGUCUUCUUAUUUUGCUUUAAAUCUCUAGUCUUUAAGCCCCGGGACAAGAUCCUAGCAGACAGUGUCCUCUGAAUGGAUGAACCAAAAUAAAGCCAAGUUGUGACUGCUAGUAUUGUUAUUGCUGUUACUCUGGAAUCAUGUGGAAAACCCUGCCGUAUUCUAACUCAUCUACUUCCAUGUAUUGUUCCAUCCUAAAUAGACACACUGCCAUGAUUCAGGGACCUUCUUUGGCAGAUACAUUUGAAGCUCAGGUUCAUCACAACCUGGUAACUGAUUAUUGCUUCUCAGAGAAUGGACAUGUCUGGUCAACCAUACCUCAGUUUAAUCAGGAACCUUGAUCAACUAAUUCCAGCAAGUAACUCUUUAUUUAAAAAUAAUCGACCGUGUGUGUAGGCAAGUGGGACAAUGCUCCUACUGGAGCAUCCAAAAAAUAAUUUCAUUUAUUUAUUUUAAAAGAAGAUUACACAAAAGUUAUUUCUAGAAUGACUACCAUUUAUGACCCUUAUAGUUCAGGCUGUUAUACUUGAUAAGUACAUCAAACAUUGUUUUAGACUCCAAUAUUUUGAGGAAUUAAAUAUCCCUUUUUUCUUUCUCCCCCUGGAAGGAGGUAAGAUGAGGUUAAAAAGGUACUGAUGCUAUUGUUCUGAUGGCCUGCUUGGAGGAAAUGGAAAUUCUAGUUCACUUGGGUUAUAUAUUCAGGAUACUCGGGAUGCCUGACUUAUUGGAGGACCUCAGUUUCUUGAGUGAUGGAAAAUGGUAUCCAGAGCUGCACAUGGCACCAGUGCCUGACACAUUCCAAAGGAGACAGUGGACCAGUUAAUUCACAUUCAGGUCAAGGUCAUAAAACAAAAGAGAAUCCUAGCGCCCUCUGACAGUUGCCGACCUCGGGCACUGUCAUAACCACCCUUUAUUUAAAAAGGUCUUGAUCAUUCUUCCAUAAAAUGCAUUUAACAUGAAAAGCAUUUAUUAAUGACCAAAUAUUAGAACAACAUAACAUUUACAAAUGACAUAUUGAACAUAAAGGUUAGUUAUUGGACCAAGAUGACUACCAUUAAGGAUUCUUUUAUAUAUUUUCAAAAUGAAAGAGCAAAUUUUAAACAUUAUAUUUAAAAAUGUUUCUGAUUUCUUAAUACCUAUUUGAUAGGUAUUACUUUUGCACUUAACACAUAGCGCCAGAUGGAAAUGUAUCAUUUAUUGCAUUUGCCAUGAGACCUUUAUUCUUUAUACAUUGUCUGAGCACUUUCCCUUUCUUUCCAAAAUGAUUAAGAAAUUAAAACAAUCAAACAUAGCCCCUUAUACUAAAAUGUUCUCACCCUUUCUCUUCUCUGUCUUCUUUUCUUUUUCCUGCCACAAAAAGUGAAAAAUAAAACCUAACACUUCUCCCCAGAUUUUCAAACGUAGGGCACCAGGAUGACGGCAGGAAUGAGUGUUUCUCCCACCUCAGCAUCGUCUGAGAUUUACAGACGCAUGACACGGCCUCUGCCCUGAAGGGGGUUACAGCCCAGCCAACGGACGGGACACAGAAAAAGUGGAUGAGGUACUAAGUAAUGAAGUAAAGGGCCAAAUGCGUGCUGGAAAUCUUCUCUUUGGGACUGCAAUCUUCACCCAAGUUCCUAAAUUUAUUUGUGAAGGCCACAUACAGUACCUUCUUAAAUGCUAAAUAAUUUUGUUGAUGUGCAGAAAAGAAGACAUCUCUUUUUUCCAGCUCCCCAGGCAGCCAUGACAUUAUGACCCAAGCUCAGGGCCCAGUCCUGCUUUGUCAAUCAUAUCCUGCAAAAGCCUGGUGUCUUAUAACCCAAUACCUUACCAAUCAAGCACAAAGAGGCUAGUGGUAGUCUCUUUAAAUAAUAAAAGAAUCGGAACAAAAACAAAGUUUUCUUUAAAUAAGAGGUUGUUUUCAAGUUGCAGGAGAAGCUGACAGUUGAUUUCGGGUUGUUUGUGCAGGAAACAUCCUCCGUGUAUAAAGCAAGCAUCUCUGUUUUGAGUUGCUAGGAUUGGGGUCUUCAAAUGAAUGCAAAAUCAGCCCCCAUCUACGCUCUCAAUGUACUCCCUUGAGCUCAAGGAUGCUAGCUCAGGAGGUAAGAGGUUAUAUUCUUAAGUUCUUCUCUGGCCCUUCAUAGUAUAUAAGACAACAUUCCCCUUGUGGCUUUCAAACAACUGCUCAAAAAAGAAAAGAAAAAAAAAAAAAGGUGAGAGAGAGAGACCUGUUAUGUGGGAGUUUUUAUUGACGAUCUGGGGAUAAGCGUUUGAGAGCCUUUAUUGGAAAAUUUCCUGUUGCCCUGUGUUUGACAAAUAAGCAUCCUUCACUAAGAGGAGCAGGAAAAAGAGUUGGCGGGAGCCCAAGAGUAGAUCUUAAUGUUGCUGAACAUCUGUGGGGCAGCCGCCAGAUGGCACUGAGGGCUGGGCACAAAGACAAACCAUAGAAAGCGCCAAAGGCAAAGCGAAGCGCCACCGCUAGGAAAACGCAGUGUCAGUGUAGCGUCAGCAUGAAACUAUUAGUUCCUUCUGUAACAGGAUCCGUACUCUUCCAUUCUUCCACACGUUCUUUUUCUCCCUGUCCUUUCUCGUAUGGUGUAAACGUUUUCAUGGUCCCUUGAUGUCUCACACCUCCAAACGAUGAGCACCUGAUUGGAACCUCUUAAUAUAUUUUUUUUUCCUUUUCACCAUCCUGCGAGGUAGUUUUCAAAAAGCAAGGCAACAAUUAUUGAAUUGAAUUCCGAUGAGCCAGCCAAAAAUAGGUCUAAAUUGCUAGUCCCAAGAGCACCACCUCAUCCUGAAAUAGAUGAGAAACAAAUAGUGUUUCUAACUGAUCUGGGCUGAAACCCAAUAGGUGCCGUUUUUAAAAUGGUGUUUUGGUGAGAGUUGAUCCCUAGAGCUAACCCUUUCUCUCUCCCUGACGUGCUCUGUAACCUUGGCCAGCUCGCUGAACGUCUGUUCCUUUUUGCCUCGUGUAAGAUAGAGCUGUUUUAUCCACUUCAUGAGACGACGGUGAGGUGUCGUGGAUUCUUGGCUGUGGAUACUUUGAAGCCCAAAUAUAAAGGCCAAAGUCAAUGGACCUAUGGGAAGACUUACUUUCCAGCUCGUGGUUGUAAGUCACAUCAAAAGAAACCACGCUUCCACGUCCAGGAGCGUAGAGACAUGAAGCAUUGCUGUACAAUUACUAGAUUAUAAGUCAGUAGACUGCCAGGGAGCUAAUCCGUCAGCACUGGGAGAUGCAACACAGCCAGAGGCCAGAGAAAUCAAAACGCCGCAUGUAUAAAGCCCUAAGUCCCCACCUGGGUGUGACUUGCCGCUUACACGUGCCCCGGUAUGAUUACAAACAAGACAACGUUGAAAAGCAAAUGUGACUGUUUCAGGCAGCCCGAUGGCCCUGUGCCUCCACUACGCACACCCUGCCUGAUGAUGUUGGAAACUGUAAAUUUAUUUCACAGCAGUAUUUUUUGGAUACAAGUGGUUCGUGAAACUCGCUGUCCAUGAUACAGGGAAACCGUGAUGAAAAGUUGGUUCUCUCCCACGGAGCAAAGACUAGCAAAGGGUAAUAAAGGUACCUGGGCACACGGGUAUCAAUACCCAGCAGGCACUUACGAGUUUAUUUUCCAGAUGAAAAUGUGCUUUAAGAGCAGGUCUACUCACAGGGGCUGCACCGCUCUCCGAGUCUCAAUUUCUUUUCAGCAGCUGCUGGACCCUGAGGUGGUCAUGGAAACGUGGAGACUCCUCCCAUCUGGUAGGCCAAGAAACAGUUCUCAGUGUCACUGAUUUUACUUUUUCUUCUGUCAGGUUUCUUUUUGUUUGUUUGUUUGUUUGUUUUUCAGCGAGCAUGGUGAACUGCAGAGGUUAGGGUUGUGAAAUUUGGGCUAAUAUUCUUACUGUAAAGUCAUUUAGGCUUCCAUCCCUGUGAACUAACACGAAGUUUUGCUCUCUGAAAGCAACAGCAUGUAAACUAGAGUGAAAGAAGGAAAUCAUGUAUGUAUGCCUACUAUUCUUUGUGAAUGUCUUUCAUUUAACUAAAAUUAUAUUAGAA